GCCAUUUGGCCCUCUCUGACUUCUCCGUCACCUAAACGAUAGCUACUCUAUGGCCUACACUCCUUCCUUUUUUUUUUUGCGUAAUAUCAUUUAUUCACCAUCAUUGUUUCUCGUCGAGAGCUGAGGUUUCACAUCCCUACAGCCACGCUGGAAUCAUCAUCACAGCUGCCUUCUGAUUGGACGGUCCUCCGGCAGUUACCAGGGGCGUGGAACAAAGUGGAUCAUCAUCUGAAUGGGAAACACCACAUUACUUCUCUUAACGGGCACAUUGACAUUGGUGUGGCGAACGUAUAAAACGACCACGGCUGUGAACUUGAUGCAAAGACUUUGCGGUGAGAUAACAGUUACGUCUGUGAAAAUAGGCGGAGACGUGCGGCUGCAGAUAGCCCGCUAACAGACACAGCCACCACUGAGAGAGAUACCGGAGGGGCUCGGCGUCGUCUAAGACAUCUAUCCCUCUGGAGAUAUGGAUGUAAGGUUUUCUAUCCGAAAUUCGUAGACGUUAUUGACACGGGGCUUGUUUUUAAACCGAGGACGAAUUGAGCCUGAAUUUGUAUGUCAUGCUUAUUCGUUAGCCUGUCAGUAUGAGGACAUGCAGAUAGCGCGUUUAGGAGUCCACCUUUUGUCGUGGACUACCCGCUAACGUCGGCUCGUGGCGUGCUGCUGGCGUUAGUUUGCUCCACUUUGCCCCCGUUCUCCCCUCGUAUGACCGGCUCUUCAGUUUGGCUGAACGCGCCGUCUAUGACAUCCGUCGCUGCGAAACGGGCCUUUGCUGAAAAACUGCGUCACCGAGUGGGCGCUGCAGGUAUUCAGCCCCGAAUUGUGGUGGGAAUUAUACCAAUGGCAAAUUCCGCCCGGAUACGUUACUGAUAGUUUUUAAAAUGGAUCCCGGGGAAGAUUCAAACACGGAACCCCCGCAAGGACUCAAUUAUCCAUCCAACUCUCGGUGCGAGCUCAACAUAAAUAUGUAUGAGGGCAUCAGCGACGGGAACGUCAAUAACAUGGACUCGUCCAAACUAGUGAGAGGGGGCAGUGACCCUAGUGCAUACCCUUCCUCCAAUUAUCAGAGGAUCGUGCAUCAGAGAUUCAUCCGGAGAAGUCUAUGGUUCUCUGACUCAGAUGAGCAGGCAUUUGAAGCACCUGAAUGUGACAAUAAGAGCAAACUUCUAAACAUAAACCUGCGCACCGUAGUAGAUCGAACGAGGGUGGCUAGGGCUGAAAUUCAGGAAAGUUCUAGCACUGAGAGUCAAUGUGGACAAAAAGACAACAGUGCAACUGAGAGCGUUGGUGCCGAUGAGGACAAGGAGAAGUGCCCAGAUGCCCUGAACGUCGUCACGUGCAGCGAUGGGUUGAAAGUGGCGGUCAAGGCGUCCAGCGAGGAAAACGAGGAAGAGGCUGAGAUGAAGGCGGUUUCCACCUCACCUGGGGGAAGAUUCCUCAAAUUUGACAUUGAGCUGGGCAGAGGAUCCUUCAAGACGGUCUACAAAGGCCUGGACACAGAGACCUGGGUGGAAGUUGCCUGGUGUGAGCUACAGGACCGUAAGCUGACCAAAGCGGAGCGACAGCGCUUCAAAGAGGAGGCGGAGAUGCUGAAAGGCCUCCAGCAUCCCAACAUCGUCCGCUUUUACGACUUCUGGGAGUCGCCCCAGAAGGGGAAGAAGUGCAUCGUCCUGGUAACGGAGCUCAUGACCUCAGGGACACUUAAAACCUACCUGAAGCGUUUCAAGGUGAUGAAGCCCAAGGUGCUGAGGAGCUGGUGCAGACAGAUCCUGAAGGGCCUCCACUUCCUGCACACCCGGACCCCCCCCAUCAUCCACAGGGAUCUCAAGUGUGACAACAUCUUCAUCACUGGUCCCACGGGCUCGGUGAAGAUUGGUGACCUUGGACUUGCUACUCUCAAGAGGGCCUCCUUCGCCAAGAGUGUCAUCGGCACGCCGGAGUUCAUGGCGCCGGAGAUGUACGAGGAGCACUACGACGAGGCGGUGGACGUGUAUGCCUUUGGGAUGUGCAUGCUGGAGAUGGCCACCUCCGAAUACCCGUACUCGGAGUGUCAGAACGCCGCCCAGAUCUACCGCAAAGUCACCAGUGGUGUGAAACCAGCAAGCUACAAUAAGGUCAUGGACCCUGAAAUCAAGGAGAUUAUUGGGGAGUGCAUUUGCCAAAAGAAGGAGGAGCGGUACUCCAUCAAGGACCUGCUGAACCACGCUUUCUUUGCGGAGGACACGGGUGUGAGGGUGGAGCUAGCGGAGGAGGACGAUAGGGAAAAGGCCUCCAUUGCUCUUAAGCUGUGGGUGGAGGACCCUAAGAAGCUCAAAGGAAAGUACAAGGAGACCGGUGCGAUAGAGUUCUCCUUCGACCUGGAGAAGGACGUUCCAGAAGUGGUGGCGCAAGAGAUGGUGGAGUCCGGCUUCUUCCAGGACAACGACGUGAAGACGGUGGGCAAGUCGAUCCGGGACCGCGUGGCGCUGAUCAAGUGGAGGCGCGGGCGGACGGUGUCCGUCCCCGCAGACCAGGGCGACGCGGCCUCCGCGGCCCAGACCGCCCCGGCGGCGGGCCUCUCGUCCGGGGCCACGAACGCAGGGCCGCCCCCUCUGCAGGAACCGGAGGAGGCUGAGGCAGACCAACACAGCCGGCUGGGUAACCUACCAGCCAGCGCCACCUCUGUGGCGUCAGACUGCACCUUCGACAGCGGCCUGGGCUCGGCGGUGUACUCUGACUCCCACAGCAGCCAGCAGAGUGUCCUCUACCAGUCCCUGCAGGAGCCCGUCACCAUGGUUACACAGCAGUGCCAGAGCAUUGGUUCACAGCGGUCCUCUGAGCGGCCGCGCUCUUGUGAGCGAGGGCAAGUCUGGCAAGGGCCUCUGGAUCCAGAGUUCACCAGGUCCGUGGCGCGUCGAGGAAGUGCCUCCGUCAUUGACACUCUCAGGGCCAACCAGAUCGCCCAGCUGCACGCCCUGCUCGAUGCCCAGAACAAGAGAUCAAUAAGUCCGACCUUCUCAGUGUCUGGGAGCCAUAGCGAGCUCAGCUCCAAUGACUCCGAAGCCGAGGACGGCUUCCCCGGCCAUCCAACUCCUUCGCAGCUGACGUGGCUCCCCCCCGGCCUCCAGCGCUCAGAGUCCCGUCGCCAUAGCGACACUUCCACGGUGCACCUCGGUGGCGGGACGGAUGUGUCCGCCGUCGCUUCCGGGCGUAGACACUCGGACCUCAGCAGCCUGCUCAGUGUACACUCCCAACAUCAGCUCCAGCAGCAAAUGGGAGGCCGCAUGUGCCCCGUCUGCCUCCAUUUGUUGAUGCUCAGGUCUCAAGAGGCAGGCCGGCCCAGCCCGUCUUACGGCGUGCCAGCGCACCACUGUCUGUGCGCCCUGCAGCGGCCGCAGCACCAGAACCCCUGUGGGACGCCGGCCCCUUUGGGCACGGGGGGGCCCAAAGAGCACAGCGAUUGCUCAGACUUCUCUGUUCUUCAGCAGUCCUUGCUCAACAUCAUCAGCCGCAAGUCCGCCCCCAGUCAUGUCACGGCCUGCCACGUCAGACCCCUGCUGCACCCAUCGGCGGCCAGCAGGACCGUCCAAAGCUACGGAGACGGCAGCCUCAAGAUCCACUCCUCCAGCGGCACGCGUCCACAGGACCGCAGAGCCAGCUACUGUUGUGGAGAGUCUCAGUUCAGCUGGGCGGUAGGAGUGCUCAAUCCAACGGGAGUCCACAACCAACCCCCUCCCCAGGUCCUUCCACCCUCGGGUCUGGCUGGACACGCCCAUCUGCAGUACCUCCAGCUGGGGCAGAGCUACCCCGCUGCCAACGUCCAGCAUGCGGCUAACUUCUCGGCUCAGAAUUCGGCAUCGCCGGUUCCUCAACAAGUUGCCCAGAGUUACCCAGCAGCGCCUCAACAUCAGCAAUGUCAAUCAGCCCAGGGCUACUCUGAUCCGACUCAGCAACAAAACGCAGCGAUGUUCUCCAUGCAUGUUCAACAGUCCCUGUCGGGCGCCGGAGAAUCGACUAGCACACCUCCACAGCCGCUAUCAAACCCAGCUAGCUCUCUGGCUGCCCCUGCCCAGUGUCUCCCCAGCCUGUCACCAGGCAUCGCACCGCAGAGCUGCACCACACCGGCCCUUUACAACCAACAGCUCCCACUUCAACCACAGCAGCAGCAGCACUUGCAGCACAUACAGCAAGCCAGCGUCCAGCAAACGCAGCAGGGGCAUGUUCCAUCUCAAGGUCCACAUGGCCAACAAAGCAUGCAUGCCCUUCAACAACAACAGCACAUCAGUAAUCAGCAGCCUAGCCUUCAGUCUCAACAGGCUUCAUUUCAACCGCAAGCUGCAGCAGCACUGCAUCCGCCGUCGGCUGUUCAGCACCAGAGCCUUCACCCCUCCCAACAGGUUCCAACCCCGGCCUCUCAGCUCUACUCCACGGCAACCUCCCCCAUGCCACAAGCCCCCGCGGGUUACCCAGCAGCAGGCCAGCCCGACUCCGGCCCUCAGACCCACUAUGCGCCGGCGUACUUCAUGGCACCGGGACAGACCUUCCUGCCUGGCCCUCAACAGGCCACUGUUCAGCAAGGAUCACCCCAGAACCUACCGGCCUCUGCCCAGCAUACCCAGGCGGCAGUCAGCCAACAACAGUUCGUCCCUUAUCUCAAAAUGGCUGCUUUCCUGAAUCAGAAUGUUCCUGCUGGUCAUUGCGUUCCUCAGCACGAACAAAAUGGACAGACUCUCAACCAAUCAAACUUGAGUGCGAUUCCACAUGCAUUGCCACCUCAACAGCCAGUUGCUCAGGUCGCUACCCAACAGCAACUUGCACACCUGCAGAUUUCCAACCCGGCACAUCCACCCCAGCAUUCUCCCCAGCCGCCCUCCUCGUACCCGGCCAUCCAGGUGAUGACGGCUGCCGGCGAGCCCUGCCGCACUCUGACCUGCGCCGCCCCGCCGUUCUACCCCUCCCCUGCCUCGCUCACUCCUAUCUUCCUCUCUCACGGCCCGCCUUUCCCCCCUGCCUCGUCACUCUCCCCCCUGCACGGCGAGGGCACUCUGGCGCCCGUCACGCCCGGGCACCUGAUCCCAUCCCCCGGGCUCAGCAUGCAAGUGCCCGUACCCUCAGUGCACCAAUGCGCAUCGGUAGCCGGCCUCGAAGCUCUCCACGCGCAGCCUGUGAUAGCCACAGCAACCCUCGGCACACACAUCACACACUGUGCACACGCACAGCUUCCCCCGCCCGCCGGCACCGAGCCCCUGAAACAGGCUCAGCAGCCCGUCCAGCCAGGCCACAAAGACCCCAUCCCCACGGCUCAGCUGGUCCAGGUGGCCCCACCCAUCCAACACACGCAGAGAGAACAGUCGGCCGUCUUUGUUCCACCUGUGCAGAGUGGGCCGUGCUUUGGCACCACUGCAGCGAGCGACCAGCUGGAUCCCAACCAGAACCCCUGCCAAGUCCCUCUACAGGGGCAAGCCCAGCACCAGGCACAGAGCCAGGCUGCAGCGCCGCAGCCCCCCCCCUCCUCCUCCUCCACAUCCACAGAGAGAGCCUCGUCAGGACCCACGAGUUCCGGUGCCACCGUGACUCAGCAGAUACCGACCGUCGGCCCAGGUACCUUGGGUCAGGGCCAGACGGAGAGCAAGCUUGAGGAUCAGGUGGUCGAGAAGCCGACGGCAGGACAGAGUUAUGACAGUGUGAACUCAGACGCCACCUCUGGGAAGGAGAUGAGCGACGGCUGUGAGGGGACGCACGGCGGCAAAGGAGAGUGCAAGGUCCGCAAGCACCACCGCAGGUCCACACGCACGCGCGCCCGCCAGGAGAAGAUCAACAGGCCCAAACUCACCAUGCUCAACGUUUGUAACACGGGGGACAAGAUGGUGGAAUGUCAGCUAGAGACCCACAACCACAAAAUGGUGACGUUCAAGUUUGACCUGGAUGGAGACGCACCAGAGGAGAUCGCCACUUACAUGGUGGAAAACGACUUCAUCCUGCUGCUGGAGAAGGAGGCCUUCAUCGAGCAGCUGAAGGACAUCGUGGACAAGGCGGAGGACAUGCUGAGCGAGGACACGGAGGGAGAGCGGAGCUCGGACCAGGGCGGCAGCCCCCAGCAGAGCCAGGGUCCUGGGACCCUCAUGACCUCCGAGGGCUCGAAGGCCACUACGCCACACACACCUCAACAAGUCUAUCAGCAAAAUGUGCUUCACACGGGCAAGCGGUGGUUCAUUAUCUGCCCGGUGGCUGAAACGCCCACGACGCCCAAGGAGAAGCCCUCAUCUCAAAGCACCACAGCCAAAGAGUCUGAAAGGGCUGGCGCUUCUUUAGUCUCCUCCAGCGGCAGCAGUUCCACCACCACCACCACUGCAGCCCCGGCUCCGUCCUCGGCGCCUUCUAUCCCCUCUCCCCCUGCUGCUCAGAGCUCAGCACCGCCCCAGGACCCCACUGUUGGCGAGGCUCGAGUGAAGCAGACGCAGCCCUGCAGUACCACACAUAAUCUCCCCAGCGUCAACCACCACAACUCCCUCCCUGUAGAUGAGCACUGCAUCUCCCUGGUCACGGACAUACCGUGCUGCCCGAUCGCUCCGCCUAUGUCUCUGGAUGUGAUGAUGGACCACAAGGCUGCGGCCGGUGGCCUGGCCUCCUCGGCGCACAAUCAGACCAAUCCCAAGCCCAGUCCUACCGGAGACCCACCCCCUCCGCUGGGCUCCCAGCAGCCGGUGGUCCUGCAGCAGCCGUACGCCACCCCCAUCCAGCCGGGGGCCGUGACCUCGCAGCCCCAGAGCCCGGCACACCAGAGCUCCCAGCUGGCCCAGACCUCCGGCCAGCAGCAGCAGCCCGGCGCCCCCGGGGAAUCGGACAGCGAAAUGCCCCGAAGGGUGGAGUUCGUCGACCGCACCAUCAAGACCCUGGACGAGAAGUUGCGGAACCUUCUGUACCAGGAGCACGCCCCCACCCAGGCCCCGAGCAACACCUCUGACUCACAGGGCUCUGCCGGCACCGAGGGCACCAGCUCCACACCAGUGUCUGACGGCCAGAGCUGCGACAUAGCGCUCAACAAGAAGAAGGGGGAUGCUCUGCCCCAGAUUCCUGAGCGAUCAGAAAUGGUGGGUGCCCAGACAGACUCUGCAGCGCCAGCCACUGAAGCAUUACCCAGGACGUGCUGUCAAAAUGAUUCACCAACCAAAAGUCGUUUCCAAAUCGUCCCCACCCCUCCAGAUGUAAUCUGUGGUCUAGAGAAAGGCAGAAAGAGCCACAGCUCCUGCAGUUCACCAGUGCCCUCCAGUGGCUCCGGAGGGUCUCGUGCCCACACCCAAGGCUCGGACAACCGGGAGAAGGGCUCCCUGGCCCUGGGCAGGUUCUCUGUGACCACUGCGGCACUGGAGGACGGGGCCGUGAAAACGGCCAAACCUCCAGCGAGUAACCGUUACUCCGCCCCUCCAGACCUCUACCAGGACCCCCCCGCCCCCUCCAGCCCCGACGUCACCCCCGUCCACCUCCCCCACGCCAAGGCCGUGGACGGCCCCGGCCGGCCCUACUCGGACUCGGCCGACGACGACAGCAGCAGCGUGGCCCCCCCGGCCGCCCGCCCAACCCCGCCCUCUAAGGCGUCGUCGGAGCACGGCGGCGGCGACCUCAUGAAGCGGGCGGUGGCGUUCCUGCGGCGCUCGGGCCACAGCAGCAGCAGCACGGUGCACAGCUCGGACUCGCCAGCCCGCCAGCCCGCGGUGAUGAACGGCCACGCGCCCUCGCCCGCCGCGCCCUCGUCCUACAUGAGCAGCGACAAUGACUCUGAGUUCGAAGACGCGGACAUGAAGAAGGAGCUGCAGAAACUGAGGGAGAAACACAUGAAGGAGAUCUCGGAGCUCCAGGCCUUCCAGAGGAACGAGAUAGAGCGGUUGUACACUGAGCUGGGGAAGACCCUGCCCCCCAGUGUGGGACUGCUCCACGCAGCGCCCCCCAGUGGCCGCAGACGCAGAGCCAGCAAGCACAAGCUGAAGGCCGGGAAGCUGCUCAAUCCCAUGGUGCAGCAGCUCAAGAACAACCUCAACACUGGUGAAAGCACGGCCAGCUCAUCUGGUUCGCCCUCCAAAAGCUCUGUCCUGUCGGAUGGCUCGCUGCGCUCCAGCGGCGGGGGCAGCAGCAGCUCGGCGACGGGGCCCGCCGCUGCCACGGAGCAGGUGCUGACCCAGCAGCCCUGCUCGGUCAAGGGCUCCCUCUCCUCGGACAACAUCUACGCUGGGCUUCAAGGCGACGGCGUGGCCCCCCAUGCGGGCCCCGGCCAAGGCUGGACGGUAUACCACCAAACGUCAGAGAGAGUGACCUAUAAAUCUAGUAGCAAACCGCGCACUAGAUUCCUCAGUGGACCCGUGUCUCUGUCCAUCUGGUCCACUCUGAAACGACUUUGUCUAGGCAAAGAGCGCAGUAGUAGGUCAUCUCAAAGCACACCCGUCGCUCAGACGGCCUCCAAUCAGACGCAGCCCUUCGUCUCAGCCAUUCCCUCUCAGUCCCCUCAGCCAAUCACGGGGCAAGCUAGGAUCCAGAGCAACAACAGCAACAACAACAACAAGAAGGGUACCUUCACAGAAGACCUUCACAGACUGGUAGACGAUUGGACGAAGGAGACUUUAGCCAGCGCCCACCAGCCGCGGCCCUCCCUGAACCAGAUCAAAGAGCAGACCCGCCGGCAGGACCUGGGAGGCCGAAGCAAAGCCAUCGGACCGGCCGCAAACGAGGUAAGAUGCCCUACGGCUGCUAACAAGCUGCAGCUGCCUCUGUCCUGCCCUCUGUCCACCGCUUUAUGCCCUCCUAGACCCACAGCUCUAGGUCCCAGCGCCUCCGUGUUUCCCCCCGGUUACAUCAUGCCGGUGGGCCACGUCGGAGGUCCUCUGCCCGGGCCCAUCUACACCCAGCAGUGGUCCGGCAUGCCGAGCCCCGUGGGGGCCGUCGGGCUGCUAGGCGUCGCCGGAGUGAUGCCCUAUGUUACCAUAGCAACCCCGACGGUCCAGGCUUUCCCUCUCAUCCUCCACCAUCCUGACAAUGCCGUGUGUACCAACAGCAACCGGACGAUGUGAAGGGUUGUAUCUUCAGUUUUCCUCCCCCGCCCAUGCUAAAGAGAUCCCUGGUGGUCGCAGCCAAGCAGGGGAACACCAGUACAGUGUCUACAGGAGCGGUACUCUUGAUCCAUUACGCUCUGACUCUUGGGUCGCCAGAGACACGCACACACAGAGCGUGUCCACAAUGUGUGCUUCUACUGUAAAUAAUUCUGUCUAAGUGUUGAUAUCUUUAUAAAACGCCUAUUGUUGACGUGAGUAUGUAUGUUUGUAUAGUUAACGUAUGCGUGUCUUAAUACUUCAAGGCUUUGGUUUUGUCUAGCUUAAAGCCAUAUUGCAUAUACAACACGGCGUCACAAUGAGACGUUUCUCGAUACAAUUCAUUUGCUGCUGAUUCCAGUGAUUUUUUUUUUUUGCCUUUUCAAUUUCUGUCCACUUUAAAACACUACAUUUGAAUCCAAACAGGGGGGCUUGAGAAGAAGGAACAGUAUUUAUGACAAUGUCGAAAGGAAUGUAGUGCCUUGAACAUAGCUUUUUUUCUGUGAAGCAAAGCACGUCCGCAUAUAAGUGAUUUUUAUUUCCAUGGUGGCCUGAGUGCUACUUGUUUUUAAUGCAUUGCAGACACUUUUUUUGUUGUUGGUUUACAUAUGAAUGCCCUUGUAGAAAUGCACUAUUAACACAGUAUAUGCUCUUAUUUAAGUAAUAAAAGUCCUGUUUUAUCCUCAUUUACGCUCCCUACCUGUGAAGGCAACACAACGCCAUAAUGGUGACAUGUCUGUCCGCCUUGCAGAAACGGUAUAUCUAAAGCUGAGGUACUAGAAGAGAUGAGACUAACCAAGCCAGCAGCCAAACUACACUUUAUCAGGUCAAACGGUUCAUUUGGACACAGCCUCGUGAAUAGCAUGACUAAAUUGCGAGAGGAGUGUGGGUGAGUUGUCCUAGCUUUUUGCUGGAAAUGGUUGGGUUGUCGGUUUGUCCAGAGCCAUGUAUACUGUACAAAGUCCUCUAUAUAGACCUCUGGUAGUGUCCCAAUCAGAAUGUAGCAGUUUAACAUGAUAACUGGGUUUCUGAGGCUUUAAAGUGCAAUUUUCUAAACCCCGUGCAAAGCUUUGACAGUGGCCUUGCCACAAGCCUUAUCCCCCACCCCAUAUGUGUAACUGGAGCUGGCUGCAAAGUUGAUCCGAAGUUACGAACCACAAGACAAACAUGAAAUCCUCUUGUUUACUUUCAACACUGUCCUAUAUAUGUUUAAUGUGUAAAAUUAUUUGGUGCAAUCUUUGUUUAGUGUUCUUGUAUUGUGAAACAUUUUUGACGCUGCUAUUGUGAUGUAUGGAUGAAGAACUAGGAUAGAUGGUACUUAAAGAACUUCAAAAUUCGUCUGUGAUGAGAUGUUGAAGAAGCAGUAUUAUUGCCUUGUGUGAAAAACAAUUAUGCAUUAUUUCCCUUUUUUCUUUUCAUAUUACAUUCUACUUUUAAAUUCCCUUGUGUGAAAUGCUAAACUCUGACUCCAAUAUGGGAUAUUUGCACAACAGAACACGAUCUUCCCACUUAUUACAUGUGGUUAGGGGUUUCAAAUAUGAUCUGGGUGUACUUUACAUCACUGAGCAUGGCUUUACUGUGUUAGUUUUAUCCUCCCAGCAAUGGUUAACGUUACAGCUACUGUGGUGUAAAAUUAAAUUUUCCUUUACACUAUUCCAAUGUUACAGCACACCAACCCUGCCAAGCUGUGAAUUGUACAGUUUUCUUUGUAUUUUUGUGUGGGAAGAGCAGGGGAAGUAUUGAUGUAUAGUAUUUCAUCAAUUCGGUUUGAAUGGGACUUUUAUAGAUCAUUAUGUCUUCUGCUUUGGUUAAAGACUUCCAGUAGUAAGAGAUUUCUGUUCUCUGUAACUUGUUUCUGGUACAAAUUUCUCCACCUCCCAGACUGUUGACUAUUGUCGUCAGCCGGUGAGGGAUACACACUGUUUGAAUACUCGCCGUGAUGGAGGGUUGAGUACACAUGGACGCACAAAAUGUACAGAUCUGUGCCCACAGUGCUUUCAUCAAAUUUCUUUCGGAACAACACUACCCUCUAGUGAAUAUGCGCUGAUUGUCUAAACGCUUGCAUUUAAGCUCUGUGUGGGAUUGCUUGGGUCUGCUGCAUCUCCCACUGCAUUACCCGAUCCAACCUGUCAGCUGCACUCUAAUCACUAAGACGGUACAUGUGAGAGAAAUAAAAUUAUUUUGAGCUUGA